AUGGUGACCACGAGGAAUACGACCGUUGAGGACCCGGCGGAGGCGAUCAGAGCAUUGCGACAGCAGAUGGAGGAUAUGAGGCGGCAGCACGAGCAAGAACUAUCGGCGGUUAGAGAGGAGUGUGCUGCUCGGAUCGCCCAAGAACGGGAGAUCAGGGAGAGGAGUAAGGAUCUGUCAGAACGUCGGCAGGAGGAUGAGCUCAGAAAGUCGAAUGCUCGGGAGGGGGCGGCCGAACACAGUAGUGCCUCGGAUAGAACUUGGAGGUUGGAGGAUACGGAGUUAGACGGGAGUCAGGCGAGGACGGAGAGGAUAACCGCCACCGUUAGCACGGUACCGGUAGGGAGAACGCCGCUAGUGAAGGAGGAAGAGGUAAUCGAAGGAUUGCCAUUCACCCGGUCCAUCAUGGACGUCCAUAUUUCAGAGCACUUUGUGCCUCCUCAACUCAGUAUAUAUGAUGGUACAACUGAUCCUGACGAUCAUAUUCAAGCCUUCUCCACCCGGAUGGCGUUCCGGACAGGCGACAGGGCGAUUUGGUGUCGGGCGUUCUCCCUCUCGUUAGAGGGUGAGGCACUCGAGUGGUUUAAUGCCCUGCCUGCAGGUUCUAUUCGAAGUUUCGAAGGGUUAAAGGAGCUGUUUGGGCGGCAGUUCGCCGGUAAUCGGGCCGAAGACCCCACGGUCUUCGAACUUUCCAAUCUUAGGCAGGGGAAAGAUGAGACAUUGAAGGCAUUCAUGGACCGUUACCAGAAGAUGGUCCGAAGGGUUAAGGGGUUGAAUGUUGAACUAGCCCUGCAAUAUGUGAUGCCCGCACUUCGUCCAGGAACCUUUAAGGACAGUGUAUGCCGGAAGAGACCGAAGACUAUGGAGGAGUUAAGGGAGCGAGCGGCGGAUGAAAUGAGAGUGGAGGAGAUGAAACAGGCAUACAAGAAGGAGAGCCAAGAGUUGAAAGAGAAGGCCGAGGGUAAGAAACUCGACGGGUCCUCACGGACGGGGGGCUUCAAGCCCCGGGAGGCCCACCGAGGACCCAAGUUCCAACAAUAUACCCCGCUCAACGCCCCCCCUGCCCGCAUCUUACAAGAGGCGUUGAGCGUCAAUUGA